AUGGCUCUAAAUGAAUCCUCAGCACCUAACAACGCAAAGGGACAGGAUCAAGGUUCAAGACCAUCAACCAGCGCCCCACAUCAGGCGCAGACCACGGUGCCCGCACGUGUUUUCGCAGGUCAUGCUGCUGAGAGCCGGGCGGCGGUGGACAUCGUGCACCCGGUGCGCGUGGACGCAGGGGGCUCCUUCCUGUCCUAUGAGCUGUGGCCACGCUCACUUCGCAAGCGGGACGUAUCUGCACGGCGCAGUGCGCCAGCCUUCUAUGAGCUGCUGUAUCGUGGGCGAGAGCUGCGCUUCAACCUGACCACCAACCAGCACCUACUGGCGCCUGGUUUUGUGAGCGAGACACGACGGCACGGCGGCCUGGGUGGAGCGUACAUCCAGACCCGCACCCCUGCCUGUCACCUGCUCGGUGAGGUGCAGGACCCCGAGCUUGAGGGUGGCCUGGCAGCCAUCAGUGCCUGCCACGGACUGAAAGGUGUGUUCCAGCUCUCCAACGAAGACUACUUCAUUGAACCUCUGGAUGGUGCCCCAGUCCGGCCUGGCCAGGCCCAGCCCCAUGUGGUAUAUAAGCGUCAGGCAUCUGAGAGGCAGGCAGAGCAGGGUGUCUCUAGCGUUCUUGGCACCUGUGGUGUGCAAGAGUCGUUCUCGGAGCUGGAGUCUCGGCGGGAGCGCUGGGAUCAGCGGCAGCAGCGGCAGAGGCAGCGGCCCAGACGCCUGAGCCAACGCUCAGUCAGCCGCGAGAAGUGGGUGGAAACCCUGGUGGUAGCCGACACCAAGAUGGUGGAGUACCACGGGCAGCCACAGGUGGAGAACUACGUGCUGACCAUCAUGAAUAUGGUGGCCGGCCUGUUUCAUGACCCCAGCAUUGGGAACCCCAUCCAUAUCACCAUUGUGCGCCUGGUCCUGCUAGAAGAGGAGGAGAAGGACCUGAAGGUCACACACCACGCAGACAACACCCUAAGGAGCUUCUGCAAGUGGCAGAAGAGCAUCAACAUGAAGGGAGACACCCACCCCCUGCACCAUGACACUGCCAUCCUUCUUACCAGGAAGGACCUGUGUAUGGCCAUGAACUGGCCCUGCGAGACCCUGGGUCUGUCCCACGUGUCGGGCAUGUGCCAACCACACCGCAGCUGCAGCAUCAGCGAGGACACAGGCCUGCCCCUGGCCUUCACCGUGGCCCACGAGCUUGGGCACAGUUUUGGCAUUCAGCAUGACGGAAGCGGCAAUGACUGUGAACCUGUUGGGAAACGGCCUUUCAUCAUGUCUCCACAGCUCCUGUACGACGCUGCGCCCCUCACCUGGUCCCGCUGCAGCCGAGAGUACAUCACCAGGUUCCUCGACCGUGGGUGGGGUCUAUGCCUGGAUGACCCUCCCACCAAGGAUGUCAUCGAUUUCCCUUCGGUGCCCCCUGGUGUCCUGUAUGAUGUGAGUCACCAGUGCCGCCUGCAGUAUGGGGCCUACUCCACCUUUUGUAAUGACAUGGAUAAUGUCUGUCACACUCUCUGGUGCUCUGUGGGGAAAACCUGUCACUCCAAGCUGGAUGCAGCCGUGGACGGUACCAGGUGUGGGGAGAGCAAGUGGUGUCUCAAUGGGGAGUGCGUUUCAGUGGGCUUCCGGCCUGAGGCCGUGGAUGGAGGGUGGUCUGGCUGGAGCGCGUGGUCUGUCUGCUCACGGAGUUGUGGUGUGGGCGUGCAGAACGCCGAGCGGCAAUGUACCCAGCCUGUACCCAAAUACAAGGGCAAGUACUGCGUGGGCGAACGCAAGCGCUUCCGUCUGUGCAACUUGCAGGCUUGUCCGCCCGGCCAUCCUUCCUUCCGCCACGUCCAGUGCAGCCACUUUGAUGCUAUGCUCUACAAGGGACAACUGCACACCUGGGUACCUGUGGUCAACGAUGUGAACCCCUGCGAACUUCACUGCCGGCCCUCCAACGAGUACUUUGCUGAGAAACUACGGGACGCAGUGGUCGAUGGUACCCCCUGCUACCAGGGCCGGCCCAGCCGUGAUCUCUGCAUCAACGGUAUCUGCAAGAAUGUCGGCUGCGACUUUGAGAUUGAUUCUGGUGCCACCGAGGACCGCUGCGGUGUGUGUCAUGGCAACGGCUCCACCUGCCACACCGUGAGCAGGACCUUUGAGGAGGCUGAGGGCCUCGGGUAUGUGGAUGUGGGGCUGAUCCCAGCUGGGGCACGCGAGAUCCACAUCGAGGAGGUAGCUGAGGCUGCCAACUUCCUGGCCCUGAGGAGCGAGGACCCGGAUAAGUACUUCCUCAAUGGUGGCUGGAUCAUCCAAUGGAAUGGAGACUACGAGGUGGCGGGCACCACCUUCACAUACGCACGCACGGGCAACUGGGAGAACCUCACGUCUCCAGGCCCCACUGCUGAGCCUGUCUGGAUCCAGUUGCUGUUCCAGGAGAGCAACCCUGGGGUGCGGUAUGAGUACACCAUCCACAGGGAGGCAGAGGGUGAGGCCCAGCCGCCUGAGUUCUCCUGGCACUACGGGCCCUGGACUGAGUGCACCGUUACCUGUGGUACAGGCAUACAGAGGCAGAGUGUGUACUGUACUGAGCAGCAGACAGGGCCGGUGGACGAGGGACACUGUGACCCCCUGGGGCGGCCCGAUGACCACCAGAGGAAAUGCAGUGAGGACCCCUGCCCAGCUCGGUGGUGGGCAGGCGAGUGGCAGCCGUGUUCCAGCUCCUGUGGACCCAGGGGCUAUUCCCGGCGGUCAGUGCUCUGCAUCCGCAGCGUGGCGCUGGACGAGCAGAGUGCUCUAGAGUCACGUGCCUGUGAACAUCUUCCCCCGCCCCCCUCCGAAACCCCUUGCAACCACGAUGUGCCCUGUCCUGCCACCUGGGCUGUGGGAAACUGGUCUCAGUGCCCGGUGACAUGUGGGACAGGCACCCACCACCGAACUGUCCUCUGCACCAAUGAUACUGGUGUCCCCUGCGACGAGGCCCAGCGGCCAGCAAAUGAGGCCGCCUGCCUCCUACCACCCUGUCCUCGGCCCCUGGACAUGUUAGCCCCAGAAGGUUCGGGCAGUGGCUCCUCCAGCCGGGAGCUCUUCAAUGAAGUCGAUUUCAUCCCCCGACACCUGGCCCCACAGCCAGAGCCCAUCUCGACACCCAGGCCGGUGGGCAUGGGCAACGCCAUCACAGAGGAGGACCUGAAGCCAGGCCCUCCAGAGCCAGUGUUUGUUGACGACUUCUACUAUGAUUACAAUUUCAUUAACUUCCACGAGGACCUGUCCUAUGGGAUCCAUGAGGAGCCAGACCCAGACCUGGCGGGCCCAGGGAAGUACAGGCCCCCACCCCCGAGCCAUUCUGCUGAGCUCCCCAGGAACACCCCCACACCUGCCGCAGAGCAUCCUGGGGCCAAGGAGGAAGGACUAGGGGAUUGGUCCCCUGUCCCUUGGCCUAGCCAGGCUGACCCCUCCCUGCCUCUACCCUCGGAGGAGGCUCCAGGGAACACCUUGGGCAAUUUCUUGUCAGAAGAUGUUCCCACUGGGGCCCCGGGCCUUGGGCUCCCUGGCAUGGGGACCCCUGCUACCUCUGGGAACCAGAGUGAGUUCCUGAACAGGGAGGAUCAUCAGAGCCAGCCAUCCACACCAUGGUGGGAGAAGACCAACGAGGUUUCCGAGGACAAUGAGGAGGCCUUAGACCCCCAAGUGUCCCCUUUGCCUCAGCGUCCUGCCUUGCCUGUCACCACCACCCACUCCUCUCCUAGUCCCAGCAUGGUGGAGCUGUGGACACAGAGGACCAUGGCCUGGGACCCAGCUCUGGGGCCUGUGGACAGUGAGCUGCAGCCCGGUACUGUGGAGGCGACUCAUCCUCCUCCUCCUCACACAGCCACUCUGCCAGAGACCCAGGUUCCCAGGGGGCUUCAGACAAAGGCAGUGCCAGGGACCUUCCUUCCAACAGCCUGGCCUAGCCUAGAGCAGACGCCAUGGGUGACCACCCUAAGUCCGACACCCUCGGGUCUGUCUGAGCCGCCUGACCCCAAGCCAUCCCAGCAUACUGUGCUGCCGUCCAUACCACCUCUAAGCAGUCCCACCACCAGCAGCAGCGGUGCCCCCGAGCCUCUGGACCCCAGCCUGGAGGAGGAGGGGUCCCCUGCGGACCUGGCUUCCAAGAACGCCAGCUGGGAAGUGGGGAACUGGAGCCAGUGCUCCACAACCUGCGGCCUGGGGGCUGUCUGGAGGACCGUGCGCUGCAGCACUGGCUGGGAAGAGGACUGUGCCCCAGCUGGCAGGCCCCAGCCUGCCCGCCGCUGCCACCUGCGGCCUUGUGCCGCCUGGCACGCCAGCAACUGGAGCAAGUGUUCCCGCAGCUGUGGCGGAGGUGCCUCAGUGCGGGAUGUACAAUGCAUGGACACCAGGGACCUGCGGCCACUGCGGCCCUUCCACUGCCAGCCCGGGCCUGCCAAGCCACCUGCCCGGCGACUUUGUGGGGUCCAGCCCUGCCUCAACUGGUACAUCUCUUCCUGGAGGGAGUGCUCUGAGGCCUGUGGUGGCGGUGAGCAGCAGCGUCUGGUGACCUGUCCGGAGCCAGGCCUCUGUGAGGAGAUGCUGAGACCCAACACCACUCGUCCCUGCAACACCCACCCCUGCACGCAGUGGGUGGUGGGACCCUGGGGCCAGUGCUCAGCCCCCUGUGGCGGUGGCGUUCAGCGGCGACUAGUCAAAUGUGUCAACACGAAGACAGGGCUGCGUGAGGAAGACAGCGACCAGUGUGGCCACGAGACCUGGCCAGAGAGUUCCCAGCCGUGCAGCCCCCAGGACUGUGAGCCCGACGAGCCCCCGAGCUGCGAGCGGGAUCGCCUGUCCUUCGGUUUCUGCGAGACUUUGCGCCUGCUCGGCCGCUGCCAGCUGCCCACCGUCCGGACCCAGUGCUGCCGCACAUGCCCCCCACCUGGCCGCGGCUCCCCAUCCCGUGGCCAUCAGCGGGUCGCUCGCCGCUGA